AUGUCGGCAUAUGUGGACGAAGAUGAACCAUCGGCGUCUCUCUAUGUAUCCCGCGCUCCGAACUCGAUGAGAUCGAGCCAAUCUGGCCGCCCCUUUCUAUCUAUGCUCAAUCCCAUGGGACGGAGCUAUGCUGGCUAUGCCCAUCCUGGAGUAGUCGAAGAGGAAGACGAGGAAGAAAUAGAUCUUGUCCAACACCCUGGUCAGCCUAGUCAUCUGACGAGACGGGACUCUGUGGAUGACGACGAGGUCCCAACAAGUCUCAUGAUUGAAACUUCCAAGCCCAAGCAGCUUUCAUUCGAGGUUAACCAACCACCUCGUCCCUCAGAUCUCAUCCAGCCUUCAUUACCUCAGCCUGCGGUUGCACCUCCUAAACCAAUGAGAGGAAUGGAUAACUACGAGCGUGCCUUAUGGAACUGGUUUAAUGUAUAUAAUCUGGACGCGUUUCUCCAGGAGGGAAAGGGAAUCUAUUGCAUUGCCCUAUCCAAAGGGCUUAACUUACUCACAGUUGGGUUUGUGAUUGGUUUCUCCACGUUUCUUCUAGGUUGUGUCGACUACUCGAAAAUUCGACACACCGGGACUACCCAACUAUCAGACGUUGUCAUUUCUCGUUCAUGGCACAGGUUCUCAGGAUUCACAUGGCUGUUCUUUAUGCUAUUUGGAGCUUUCUACAUUUAUCAGAUUCUUCAAUUCAUCUUUAGCAUGCAACGCCUAUUUGAGCUAUACCAAUUCUAUACUCACCUCUUGGGGGUGCCUGAUUCUGAUGUGCAAACGAUAUCCUGGCCCGAAGUCGUUCGUCGCAUUGGUCUUAUUCGAGAGCACAACCCUAUUACCUCACUCUCAUCCCAAACCGACGGCGCUAACCCUACUACCGCCAAACUCGACGCACACGAUAUUGCUAACCGUAUAAUGCGACAAGAAAACUAUCUCAUCGCAUUAUUUGACCGCGAGCUCCUUGAUCUACGUGUCCCCUUGCCCAAAUUACUGGAGAGACUUUUCCCGCCGAAUGAACAGAAACAGAAUCUCACACGGGCGCUAGAAUGGAACUUGCGUGCAUGCUUACUAGGGCAUUUAUUCGAUCAUCGGGGCACAGUCAGGGGUGUGUUCUUGAAGGAGAAGAAUAAACAUGGAUUAGCUGCCGAGUUAAGGAGACGAAUGAUAUUCUUUGGGGCGAUCAACUUUAUAUUUGCACCGCUGAUCGUGACGUACCUUCUUAUGCACAGCUUUUUCCGGUAUUUUGAAGAGUACCACAAGAACCCGUCUUCGGCUGGAGCUCGACAAUACACACCUUAUGCUAAGUGGACAUUCAGGGAAUACAAUGAGCUUCCACACAUUUUUGCUCGGCGGCUGGACAACUCGUACCCUAUGGCUAGCGAGUACAUGGAUCAAUUCCCAAAGGAAAAGAUGACAAUUAUCGCUCGAUUUGUAUCGUUUAUUUCGGGAUCUUUCGCCGCCGUAUUGAUUCUGGCGUCGGUUAUUGAUCCCGACAUCUUUCUACAUUUCGAGAUUACUCCUGGCCGAACUGUAGUAUUUUAUAUACUGGUACACACCGAAUUUGGUCUCUUGUUCGACACUAAAGUUACCAUCUUUCUCAACGAGCUGAUCUCUGUCAUGGUCACUCCAUUUAUCCUUUGGUACAGCCUUCCUCAACAUGCUGAAAAGAUCAUCGACUUUUUCCGGGAAUCCACCUGGCAUGUGGAAGGUCUGGGUUACGUAUGCAACUCUGCGGUGUUUGACCUGGGGAGACACGGUCGGCCAUUUGAGCAUGAACCCGAGGAACCCGAGCCCAGGAAAGUUGGAAAAGGUAAAUUACGAGAGAGGGAAACCAAGAUGGAGCAGUCCCUUCUUAAUUUCAAGGCAGCAAACCCUGAAUGGAACCCAUCAGACCAAACUGGCUCUUUGUACCUAUCUCGAAACGCAGACAUGGCGCAUCCUUCUUCUCGUGCUGGCCACAACCUCCGCCAAGCCCGUUCACGCAGUCGGUUCAGACAACACUUGCAUCCAACCAGCCACACCCAACCACGCGCGAGCAGCCCAACAAUCAUCCACCGUGACCGUGCAGGGGCAACGGCGACCGAAAACUUCGGCGCCGAGGUUCAGAUGCCCGAGGCCAAACUCGCAGAGCGAGCCGCAGUCUACGAACGCGCGUUGCAACACAGCGUGAAGCUUCGGAGCAGUACGACUUCGGCACCAAGACGGGCGUCGGAACCCACCCCCGAACCUAUGAACAAAGACCCAGAUUCUCAAAGGUUGGAUAUCGGGAGUGCGCUGGGCGAGUCGUACGAUGAUGCGCAGCCGAUAUUCGGGGAGCCUCAGGGACGAGCCGAGGAUCCUAUCGAUGAAGAAUUCGUGGAUGGUGGAUUCAUGGGCUUGCUUGGGAACAUAUACGAGCAGCGGAAAGGAGUUUUGUGA